AUGCGGGCGGUUAUCGUUUUAUUCGCGCUGGUGGCUGCAUCUUUGCAACAAGGUGAGUAGAUUUCAAAAACUUUUCUGAAUUUGAAAGAAAAAAGAAUGAAACCCGGGAAAGAUAGAAAGUGAAGUAGAAGUUCAAGAACUUCUCAAAAAGGAUAAAAAUCAGAUCAAACGAGGAUUCUGAUUAGAAUUCCUCCGAAAGAAACGUUUCGGAAACUGGGUUAUCAACUUAUUUUUCAAAAGAUAAUUGGAAAAUCUGAACAGUUUGAGAAAAACUCAGCAAAAAAAAGAGAAUUUUCCAACUUUUCUAACAAUUUCAAUUCAAAUUUUCUCAACUUUAUCAGCUGGAAAAAAAAAUUUCUCUACCAUUGAAUUUCGUACACACACGGAGAGCUCGAAGAAAACCUAUAGUUUCAAUUUUUCUUGCCUUUUUCUUCAUUUGAAAUUAAUCCAAAAACUUCGGUUUAAAAAAAUAUCAGACCGAGUUUUGCCUCAAAAAAAGGAGCUUUACUGAUUUUUUUAUAAUAGAAAGAAUUAUCUGCAUCUCUCUGCGCCUCGAAAUUUUGCUCUCAGAAGACCUUAUGUUCAUUUCUUAAAAAAAUUUUUCUGUCAUUUUUUUGCCCCCCGCGACUAUUUAUUUUUCAAGCGAAACGUUUCAGUAGCCCGGUACUUGACAUAUUGAACUAGGUAGUAAGGGUUUUCCUCAAAACUUGGCAGGAAGGUCAAUAUUUGUUUGCGCCACCGAACAUCACCAUUCGUAUGUAUUUCGGGCUCAAAAAUUGAAGCGAACUGAGAUUUGUUGGUAGUGCUAAGAGCAAAUAGUAUUGUUACAGCCUCAGUGAAAAAAAUUUUUGGGAAAGUUGAUGUAUGAUCUUAUAAAGAAACUUAUUGACUAGAUCUAGAAGCUUUUAGGAAUCAAAGAAAGAUAAACAUUUGACAAUUCUGAAUGAGAUGCUGUUAAAAAAUUUAUAUUGAAGUUGAGCGUGGGAACAUUCAAGUCAAUUUCAUAUAUGAAAGCCAAUUAUCGCAGUUGGGAUAGUUUAAAGUGUGGUGGCUGAUUCUAAAGCCGACCCGACACCCAGAAGCUAGUUCUAGUUAGCUUGCUACUUUCGCGUAAGUAGUAUCAGGUCCGGCGCGCUUUGAAGAAGCCUUUAAGCUUCAAGGCAAGAGCAAUAAAAACAUUUUAAUCUAGACAGUUCAAAAAAAUCUUCCAAAUUCAAAAACUCAUUUUCAGCUGCUCAAACCCAAAGCUACAGCACCGUCUACAGCACAAGCUCAAGCCAAGGAUCAACUGGCCAGAACAACCAGUUCAAUGCUCAAAACCCCAAUCAGAAUCAACAAAUGUACGAUCCUAACUCUCAGCAACAGCAGUCGAACCAGUUCGGAACUCCGAACCCAUCUCUUCAAUUUUACGAUGCUAGCAAUACGGGAACUCAGGACGAGAUUCAAGCUGAACAGCAGUAUAACCAACAGAAUGGACAACAGGGUGGACAGAACCAGCAGCAGUUUGGAGCCCAACAGAACGGCCAGAAUCAGCAGUACAAUCAGCAGUAUAACCAACAGACCACCCAGUCUUCCGGAAAUGGCCAGAACCCGAACGGCCAGCAGUACAACCAACAAUACACCCAGCAGAACACUCAAACUUUCGCCAAUGGCCAGCAGCAAAAUCAGCAGUACACUCAACAGACCACCCAGACCUUCGGCAAUGGCCAGCAGCAGAAUAAUCAAUAUCAAAACCAGCAACAGUACGAUCCUAAUCAGUCCAACCAGAUGGGAACUCCAAACCCAUCUCUUCAGUUUUAUGACGCCAGCAACACCGGAACUCAAGAUGAGCUUCAAGCCGAGCAACAGUACAAUCAACAGAAUGGCCAGAACCCACAGCAAUUUGGAAACCAGCAAAACCAGCAGUACAAUCAGCAGAACCAACAGUACAACCAACAGAACCAGCAGUACAACCAGCAAUACAACCAACAAAAUAUGCAAAACCAGCAGCAGUUCGGAAUUCAGCAGUACGACCAGAGUCAGCAACAGAGCUCUCUGUCCAACUCUAAUGGAGCUGGAAAUACUGGAGUUUCUAUCAACUCCUACUCGAUCAACAAUGGAAACUGCCAGUACUCGGUGAGCCUUUCUUCGAAUGCACUACGAAAAAAAGACUUGAAAUCAAGGAACCCUCCAUUCUUAACCAAACAGCCUAAAUUUACCGUAGAACUUAUGGAAAAAUUCAAAAAAUCCUUUUUUUAAAAACAGUCUCUGUUCCGAGCUUAUAACCAUAUUUCAGGACGGAAUGAUCACCGAGAACGGUCAGCAGCGACAGGCCACGCCCCAGCAGCAGGCCCAGAUCGAUCAGUACAAGCAGCAAGUCAACCAGUACAUGGGCUCCGUCAACGGCUACGUCGGCAGCUGGGUCAACACCGUCCUGACGUCCCUUCCAGUUGGUGCUCCUAACCAGGCCGCCAACUUCCCCACUCUGCCAGUCAUGCCUACUUUGCCAACGGUGAGAACUCUAGAUUUCUAUGAGAGGGAAGGAAGUUUUGUCUCUAAAAAUAAAGACAGCAACAGAAUUUCGAAAAGUUGUUGUGAACCGAGUACUUCUACGAAAAUAAACUAACACGGCAAAAUGAAAAAAACCAACGAUGAGUAUUGCAGGCCCCUUGCUUGUGCAGCCCUCAGAACUGCGGAACGACCAAUUCUGGAGCCAGCAGUGGAUAUAACAGCGGAGCCAGCAGCCCACAAUACGAUCCUUCUGCAAACCAACAAUUUGGAAACCAACAACAGUUCGGCAACCAGCAGCAAUACGGAAACCAAUAUGGUCAACCACAACCUCAACAGCAAACCCAACAGUACAAUCAGCAGCCGUACGGCCAGCAGCCUCAACAACAGCAACAAUACGGACGCAAAUAA